GAAACAGGCGGAACUUUAUCAUAGCGAGCAGCGACGGACUCGAGGCGGGGGGAGAGCGUUGGAAGCCAUGGCAAACCAAGGAGCCAAGAAGAGGAAGGAGGAGAACAAGAAGCAUAUGACCAAUCUCCGUCUCCUCAUCAUCGCCUCCAACGUCAUUUAUGUUUUGGUGCGGCUGGUUAUAUUUCACUCCACUUUUACUUGGAAGCAUUGGAUUGGUCUUCUUGUGACAUCUAUUGUUUACGGACUUUCAUAUAAACAACUUGAAAGUAUGGCAAGGCCAACAUACUCUGAUGAUGGUGAACUCUUAGAUGGUGGCUAUGAUAUGACCACUGGUGGUAUCUGUGGUUAUUUGCAUGAUGUGAUCUACAUAACUAGUUUUGUGCAGAUAAUGUCCAUAUUAUCUGGUAAAUUUUGGUGGACUUAUUUAGUGAUACCGGCAUUUGGUGCAUACAAGUUAUCUGGUUUGCUAAAAGGAAUAAUGCCAGGGGGUUCAGAGGGAGAAGUAGAGGACGAGAAGAGCCGUAAGAAGAGGGAAAAGAUGGAGAGAAAAGCUUCAAGAGGUAGAAUUAUCAAGACCAGGAAUAGAUAAUUUUGUGGCUAUUUAACUUUUACAUGUACCCUUAACUACCCUUAAAUACCAGUAGAACCUCGAUGAAUCACGGGGCAUUCAUAGCAUGAGAAGUUGCCUAAUCAUGUUUACUUAUGUAAUACCAAAUUGCAUUUUAAUAAUCUUUUCCCUCUUUUGUCAAACAUUCAAUUGAUGCUAGAGAUUACUGCAAUAUGUAAUGCAAAUUAACAACUCAAGUUUUAGACAAAGUUUUUAUAUUUAUAAGAGUUUAGUUUUGAUA